UUGCAAGUCUCUUGCUUUGCGCUGUACCUUAGGGGUUUCCAAGCUUCUUAGAACCUGAACACAGGGGUCAGAAGAAGAAAAGGGGCCGAACCUCAGAAGGAUGGAUCCCUUCACUUCUUCUCCAUAUGAUGAUUACUUUGAGAAAGACUCCUAUAAUUCCAGCGGGAAUGAUUCUGAGAUUUUUUAUGACGACAUUGAAACUUCAAGCACAAUGCAUGUGGUUUCUAUGGUGAUUUACAGCACCACUUUACUCUUCGGGACCAUCGGCAACGGCCUGGUCAUCUUCCUCACUGGUUUCCAAAUGAAGAAGACAGUAACCACCAUGUGGUAUCUCAACUUGGCUCUAGCUGAUUUCAUAUAUGACCUUUCUCUUUCCUCAGAGUUGCUCUAUUUCGCCCGCGAUGAAUGGAUUCUUGGGUGGCUACCCUGCAAACUGGACAGUGUGGUGUCUUUCCUAAACAUGUUUGCCAGCGUCUUCUUCUUGACAGCCAUCAGUGUUGACCGCUGUGUUUCUGUAGGGUGUCCCGUUUGGUCCUUGAACCAUCGUACGCUUCGGCUGGCUUCUUUAAUAGCUGUCCUUAUCUGGAUGAUGGCCUUGGGACUCAGCACCCCCUAUUUCUACUUCCGGGACAUGGAAUAUGAUAUGGACGACUCUAUAAAGUGCUCCUAUAGCUUUGGCUUGGAAGAGGACAGCAGCCACACGUCCCAUCUUUCUAUGGUGGUGACUGAAUUUGUGAUUGGGUUCUUCAUCCCCUUCAACAUCAUCUUGGCUUGCUACUUCAUCAUUGUCUUUAAGCUCAGAAGGAAGCUGUUUGGUCAGUUUGGUGGUAGAUCCUUCAAGAUCAUCAUGGCGGUCGUGGUAGCGUUCUUCUGCUGUUGGUUCCCUCACCACUUCUUCUCCAUUCUAGAAAACUUGGUCGAUGAGAGUUUUGAAAUGAGAGUUGUCAUUGAUAUUGGGCUGCCAUUGGCUAACGGUUUGGUGUGCCUCAACAGCUGCCUCAAUCCAUUCCUAUACGCUUUCGUGGGUCCAGAUUGUAGAAAACUUAGCUGGCGUUCCUUCCUCUCAGCCUUCAAAAGUGCUUUUAGUGAAAACUGGACCACAUCUUCUUUUUCAAGUAAUAGGAAUUCUGGUUCUACUUCAGGAAUAGGGGAAUCCAGCAUAGUGUGAGUUAUUCUCAGUGGUGGGAUUCAGCCAGUUCGCACCACUUUGGGAGAACCGGUUGUUAACUUUCUGAACAGUUUGGUGAACUAGUUGUUGGAAGAAAUCAUUAGGGCAGAGAAGCGGUUGUUAAAUUAUUUGAAUCCCACCACUGGUUAUUCUUCUUACACUAUAGCUAUAACCACACAAUGUACUUCCUGAAGUCACCCAUUAUCUUGAUUCACAUAACACAGCAAACUGUAAACUAACCAAAUGGAGCUAAGCCACAAAGUUAAAACUCAUCAGGCUUAGUUGCAACCGUUAGCAUUGUUAUUAGCUUGGUUAAGUGUUAGCAGCUCUUAUGGCUUCCCAAAGAUGCUUUUUCGAAAGGCAACUGAACUUUGUCUUUCUUUGAAACUCUUUCACUUCUCAUUCAAGAAGCAUCUUCAGAACUGGAUGAGAAGCGAAACGUCUUCAAGGAAAAACCGAGUCCACUUGCCUUUCGAAAAAACACCUUUGUGAUAGCCAUGACCUAGAUGACUGAGAAUCUUCAUAGAUUCUUAUGGCUUCCUUCAAAAAAUUUAGUUAGUCGAGCUAAGUAAUGACCAAGCAAAAAUUGCAAAAAGACACUGAACUUGGUCAGAAUUAAUUUUGGUUAGGAUUUUGGUGGCUCGUUGUGCUGGGCUGAGGAACCAGAUUAAUUUGCUUAAUCUGGUUCCUGAGGUAACCCAGAUUAAUUCCUGAGGUAACCCAGGAACCUGAUUAAUUUGCUUAAUCUGGUUCCUGAGUUAACCCAGAUUAAUUCCAGAGGUAACCCAGGAACCAGAUUAAUUUGCUUAAUCUGGUUCCUGAGGUAACCCAGAUUAAUUCCUGAGGUAACCCAGGAACCAGAUUAAGCAAAUUAUGGGAGCACACUUUGAUACUUGUACAGAGUAAAACAUCCAUAUGUGUUCUGAGUGACCUGCUCCCACACACACACAACAAACUCACAUUUUGCAAAUAAAGACAACACUCUUGGAUGAGUUUGGUGGAUAUUUCUGAAACAGGACCUUUUCAGUGGUGGCAUUCUGCACUUUUCAACAGAACCUUCUGUGUUCAUUUCAACAAAUUUGUCAUUUCUCAAACUUUCUAAUGUUUAUUCUUCCCCCACUGUUUAUUACAGCAUUCUACAGCCUUUAACCUCCAGAUAUAUUGGCUUAUUAUUCUCAGGGUAUACCCUAAACCAACAAUAAUCUAGCAGCUCUUGAAAGCAUUAAAUUCUGGUAGAUGAAUUUACUGGGAUAGAGUUGGUUUGCUAUUAUCCAUAUCGCUAUUUUUGUAACAUGUAUUGUAUAAUAUGUAUCUUGUGUAUUCUAAUUUCUGUUGAUAACCUUAUUCACCAGCUAUGAAAAAUAAUUGUAAAAAUAGGAUAAUGAUUACCUUUUAUAACUGCUUUUCUGCCUUCUUAUUUAGGGUUGGUCUGACUUCUAAUCUAUUAGGAAGUUUAAGACUAUUUAAAGGUCGGUUACUUCCCCCCAGUGAUGGGAUUCAGCCAGUUCGCACCACUUCAGGAGAACCGGUUGUUAAUUUUGUGAGCAGUUUGGCAAACUGGUUGUUGGAAGAAAUCAUUAGGGUAGAGAACCUGUUGUUAAAUUACUUGA